GUGACACCUCGUCUUCACCCAGUCAUCAGAGUCUCCCACGGCUCUUCCUCCUCACCCGCCGGCCGCCGCUCCACCUCCACUCCAGCAUGCUCGGCCUCCGGCGCCUCCUCGCCGUCUCCGGCCACCUGAGCGGCUGCCGCGCGCCGGCGGUCUCCCCCGCCUCCGCGGCCUCCUCCCACAGCGCCUUCUUCGUCCGCGCCCUCCAAAUCCUCGCCCAGCCGGGCCCCGUCCGCAUCCACAAGCUCUCGGCGCCCGACGCUGGGAUUGUGGAGCUGAGGCUGGAGCGGCCGGAGGCCAAGAACGCCAUUGGGAAGGGGAUGCUCCAGGGGCUGCGGAGCGCCAUCGAGGAGGUGGAGGCCGACGCCACGGCCAAAGUCGUCUUGGUGGCCAGCUCCGUGCCCAAGGUUUUCUGCGCGGGCGCCGAUCUCAAGGAAAGGAGGUUAAUGGGCCCUGCUGAAGUUUGGGACUUUGUUAAUUCCUUAAGAUCUACAUUUUCAUCCAUUGAGGCAUUGUCAAUUCCUACAAUUGCUGUUGUCGAAGGAGCUGCUUUCGGCGGCGGUUUAGAAUUGGCUCUUUCAUGCGAUCUUCGUAUAUGUGGGAAGGACGCAAAAUUCAGCUUGCCAGAGACUGGCCUCGCUAUUAUUCCUGGAGCUGGGGGUACACAGCGCCUUCCUAGAAUUGUUGGAAGGUCCAAAGCAAAGGAGCUAAUAUUCACUGGUCGUAGAUUCGAUGCAGCGGAAGCUGUAACUAUGGGAGUAGUAAACUACUGUGUUCCUGCUGGCGAAGCUUAUCAAAAAGCACUUGAACUUGCACAGGAGAUAAAUCAGAAAGGCCCGUUAGCGAUAAAAAUGGCCAAGAAGGCCAUCAAUCAAGGGGCAGAGGUAGACAUGACCUCGGCAUUGGCUAUUGAAGAAGAAUGCUACGAGCAAGUCCUGCAGACUCAGGAUCGUCUUGAAGGCCUAGCUGCAUUUGCGGAGAAAAGGAAACCUGUAUACACCGGAAAGUAGGGAUUUGGUCGUGUAGAUGAUCUUAGAUUCAUAUUAAUGAAGUCAAACUAACAUGUCAUCUCAAAUAGUAGUGGCAUGAGCAUGAUGCGUCCACAUUCAUGUCUGCAAAUUUCAGAAAAAAAAAUAAUAAAGACGCAUCUCAUCAUCCGUCA